ACCACCACCAUUUUCUCUGCAUUCUGGUUCUUCGAAAACAAUGGUUGUUCUCUCAAAACCUUCUCCAUUGAAACAAGAUUUCACAAUCAAAACCAGUAAACAACAUGGAAACACUUGUGUUGUGAAUGGUAGUAUUCCUGUAAUUGACUUAUCAAAGUCUGAUGCAAAAACGCUUCUUGUCAACGCUUGUGAAGAACAUGGAUUCUUCAAAGUCAUUAACCAUGGAAUACCUAUGGAUUUAAUGAAUAAACUAGAGUCUGAAGCUGUUAAGUUCUUCAAAUUACCUCAAUCAGAAAAAGAUAAAGCUGCUCCUGCUGACGGCCCAUUUGGAUAUGGCAACAAAAAGAUUGGUCCAAAUGGUGAUGUUGGUUGGAUUGAAUACCUUCUUUUCAAUACCAACAACCUUGAUUCUGGUUUCUCUAAACUGCUCAAUUCAUCCAAUGAAACCCCAGAGGUUUUCAGGUCUCUUUUGAAUAACUAUAUAGAGUUAGUGAAGAAGUUAGGCUGUUUAGUUCUCGAGUUACUGGCAGAUGGAUUAAAGAUUGAACCAAGAAAUACACUUAGUAGAUUGCUUGAAGAUGAAGAAAGUGACUCAUUUUUCCGUCUAAACCAUUACCCUCCAUGUCCUGUAAAUAGCAGAGACGUAGUUGGUUUUGGAGAACACACUGACCCACAGACAAUCUCUGUAUUAAGAUCAAACAACACCUCUGGUCUUGAAAUUGCUGACAUUAAGAAUGGGUCUUGGAUUCCUGUUCCAUCUGAUCAAAAUUCUUUCUUCAUCAUUGUUGGCGAUUCUCUACAGGUGAUGACUAAUGGGAGGUUCAAAAGUGUGACGCACAGAGUGAUUCAGAACAGUAUGAAAUCUAGGGUCUCGAUGAUAUAUUUUGGUGGGCCACCAUUAAGACAAAAUAUAGCACCCCUACCAGCAAUGUUAUCACGUGGAAAAGAGAGUUUGUACAAGGAGUUCACAUGGUCUGAAUACAAGAAGUCAGCGUAUAAAUCAAGAUUGGCUGAUAACAGGCUCUGCAACUUUGAGAAACAACCCCUUCUUCCUAUUGCUGCUUUGACUAUUGAUGCUGAAUGCAUAACCGAUGAGGUUUUAAAAGAAGAUUAGAGGAA